AAAGCUUCAUGGACUUAGUGACCUUCCAGGCAGAGUUUAGACAGGAUGUUCCCACUGCUGCUGCCUGUUGCGGAGCAGAAAACAGCAGCUCUUAGCCUCCACAGGGGCUUCAUCUUGCUUUAUUUCCUUUCCCCUUCCUAAAGAAGAUGAACCAUAAAAGCACAACCCUGAUAUCCUUGAAGGAAGCAAUGAGAAGGGUAGAGAACAAGCUCCAAGCUCUAGACAUUCAAUUCAGAGAACUAGACGUCACCAAGGAUAACCUGACACAGCAAUUUGAACACCAUAGCAAGACUUUGGCCAGCCAAGCAGCCCACGAUGAGAUAUGGACAGCGGUUCUGGGCCUUGGGUUCACCUCAAUGGAACUGAAUAUUUUAUAUAGCUAUGUCAUUGAAGUCCUUAUCUGCUUGCACACUCGAGUGCUUCAGAAGCUUCCAGACCUGGUGAGAAGUCUUCCAACCUUAGCCUCCGUCCUUAGACGACAAGUCAAGAACAAGCACGUUAGAAUUGUGUGGGAGUCUGUCCUGGAGGAAUAUGGGCUGCAAGAGAGAGAUGUCACAGCACUCUGUACCUUCUUCAUUGCCCACGGCAACAAAGCAGAACACUAUGCUGCUAAUGUAAGACGGAUGUACAUCAAAGAUGUCACGUUCAUGAUCACCAACAUGGUAAAGAACCAGGCUCUACAGGACGGUUUGCUGCGAGCCGUUCAGGUCAUCGAGAAGGGGAAAGCAGUGAGGACCCCUGAACACCAAAGGGCAUCCCUAAAAGAGUUGAUACCACCAAUCAAAGAUGAACCUGUUACCCAAUAACUCAGCAAUCCCACUUUCAGCCAUUUGUAAUGCAAAAACAAAAAUGAAUAAUUUAAUUACUGUAGGCUUAUUUUAUAGCAAGAGUGGAAGAAGCAUUAAAGAAAUUAUGACAAACUGACACAAUAUUUUGUGUGUGUAGCCAUAUUAAAAAAUAGGCAAACUUUUUAUAAUGAAAUAGUCUGGGGAUGUAGCCAAGAGUAUAUGCUUUGUAUGCAGGAGGUCCUGGGUUCAAUCCCUAAUACCAUAAACAUAAAAAAUAAACUUAUA